AUGCGCGCACCCUGGGUUACAGCCUUGCUCGCAUCCCCAGGAGCCCUACUGGGCGUCAGGGCCGCCAGCAACCAGACCGGCUACGACUACAUCGUAGUCGGCGGCGGCCCAUCCGGCAUCAUCAGCGCCGAGCGUCUCUCGGCAGCCAACAAAAAGGUCCUGCUGUUAGAGCGCAGCACAGUCGGCCCGACCAUCGAAACAGGCGCAACCAAAUACACCCUGGAGUGGAACGACACCCUAACCGCCAUCGACGUCCCCGGCCUGUCCUUUGACGUCGGCAACCUCCCCCAGUGGACCGACUACAUGUGCACCGACACCGACGGCACCGCCGCCUGCAUCCUCGGCGGUGGCGUCACAGUCAACUACAUGGUCUUCGUCCACCCGCCGGACCACGACUUCAACGACCAGUGGCCCGUCGGGUGGGAGUGGGCGGACGUCGCCGCCGGCGCCGAGCGCCUGUACGCCCGCAACCCGGGGAGUAGCGUCCCCUCCGCAGACCGGCAGCUGUACGACCAGUCGCUCUACAGCACGCUCGCGAGCUUCUUUGACAAUCUCAACUGGACCGCUGUCGACAUGAGCGCCCAGCGCAACCAGAAAUUCCAGACGUACAGCCACCCGGUUUGGAACGUGCAGGACUACAAGCGCGCGGGGCCCCUGCGAACGUAUCUCCCGCUUGCCCUGGGGAGGAAGAACUUCUCGCUGCGCAUGGGCGCCCUCGUCACGCGUGUCCUGCGCGCCGGGAGCCGCGCCACGGGCGUCGAGAUUGUCAAUACCGCCACGAACGCGACGGAAACUAUCCGCCUUGCCCCUGGCGGCAGGGUCAUCCUCGCGGCCGGAGCGUUGCACUCGCCGCGCAUCCUCAUCAACUCGGGCAUCGGGCCCCGCGCCCAGAUCGCGACCGCGCAAAAGAGCGGGAUCGCGGUCCCUCCCGUGCAUGAAUGGAUCAACCUCCCGGUCGGGAAAAGCCUAAUGGACCACCCGAUCUUCUCCAUCGUCAUCAAGACGGAGAACGGGACCUUCAACACGCUGGAUGCCGCGGCCAUCCUGAACGGGACGGCGACGCGAGACAUCGCCGCCUACGAGCAGGAUAACGACGGUGUCCUCACCCAGGGGAAACACCGGCUGGUCUUCUUCACGUCCAACGUCGCGAGCGACGGGCGCACGCGCUUCUACCAGGGCUCGUGCACGCCGACGGCCGAGGGCGUCGUCACCAUCACGGCGUACAUGACGCACGGGCUCACCUCCAAGGGCGAGCUGGCGCUCGACGCGGACCAGCGGACGACCAUUACGAAGUCACCGUACCUGCAGACGGCGGCAGACCGCGAGGCGGCGACGUUGUUUAUCCAGUCGAUGGUGGACGCGAUCACGGCCCCGGGGUCCGGCAUGCAGUUGGUCGAGCCGUACACCAACACGUCGGCGAUUCUGGGCUCGCUGACGGCGGGCAUUCACUACGCGGGGACGACCAAGAUGGGGACGCACGAUGGGCGGUUUGGCAACGGGACUGCGGUUGUGGAUACAAAUACCAAGGUUUAUGGGAUGCAGAAUUUGUACAUCGUCGACGGGGGCAUCCACCCGGACCUUGCCUCUGGAAAUAACCAGGCAAUGAUCAUGGUCGUGGCCGAGAAUGCAGUGGAGCGCAUUCACCAGCAGGACAGCUUCCUUGGCGAGGGUAUGGCAACGCCGUAUGGCGCCUGA